AUGGGUUCAUGCUUCUCCUUAGACGCCACUGAUUAUUCCACCGAUCCAUCCACGGUCAAAGUUAUCUCUGCUAAUGGCAAUCUCCGUGAGUAUCCCAUACCCGUUACAGUAUCGCAGGUCCUUGAAAUCGAGACCUCUUCCUGCUUCCUCUGCAAUUCCGACUUUCUCUUAUUCGACGACUAUAUUCCCGCCCUCGAUUCCUCUGAAGAACUUCAGGAGGGUCAGAUCUACUUCGUCUUCCCCACCAGUCGCCUACAGUAUCGCCUCACUGCUCCUGAUAUGGCCGCGCUAGCUGUGAAGGCCAGCACCGCGCUUUCUCAGAGUUUGAGGAAGAAGAAGGGUCGACGGAAUAAGAAGAUACGGAUAUCUCCGGUUUUGCAACUUAACAACAGCAACCAGAGAUUCGGAAAUGGUGGGUUUGAUGGAUAUUAUGAGUAUGAUGGGUUUAAAACUUCCAAUGACAAAUCGAGACACGAGGUUUCAAGAUCUGGGUCCAUUAGAAAAUUGCAGAAAUAUUCUUCCAAACAAACCAAGAAGUUUGUUGUUGGAUCGUUUCGAAUGAGGUUGAGCACAAUUUACGAAGGAUCGAUGGACGAUUAA